AUGCUAGUGUUGGGCUUUGCUCCGGUAUUCUUAUUCGAUAUUGGGUUUGCGGCUCCGUCUUCUGGGUUUCAUGAACGAUGCCGGAGUUUCGAUCCUACAUAUUAUGUUAAGAACUCGACGCUGAAUGCUCGCGAGUUCUUUACUGCGGGGUCGAAUUUGACGUUUCCCGAUAACGUGGCGAGUUGCGGUCGAGCGAGCCAGGUUGUGGCUGUGGAUCUAUGUCGUGUUGCGCUUGAGAUACGGACAUCGAGUACUUCGCGGAUUACGUUUGAGGCGUGGUUUCCAGAGAAGUGGUCUGGAAGGUUUUUGGCUACGGGUAAUGGAGGGUUGGAUGGAUGUAUCAAGUACGAAGACAUUGCCUAUGGCACUCAGAAUGGCUUCGCUACUGUUGGGGCAAAUAAUGGACAUAACGGUACUUCAGGACGAGACUUCUUCAAUAAUCAUGAGACGGUUGUGGAUUUUGCAUGGCGAUCUCUCCAUACAAGUGUAGAGACUGGCAAAAUGCUAGCUCAACACUUCUACCAAAAGAAACAUAGCACAUCCUACUACAUAGGCUGUUCUCUCGGCGGACGCCAGGGUAUAAAAGCCGCAGAGCAGUUCCCAAGAGACUUCGACGGUAUUCUCGUUGGCGCGCCCGGCGUCGAUUUCAACAAUCUGUAUUCAUGGCGUGCACUUUUCUACACUAUCACUGGUCCAAAAACAAGUCCUGAUUUUAUUCCACUCCAAGCAUGGAAAACGUGGAUCCAUGAUGAGGUACUACGGCAAUGUGAUGGCAUUGAUGGAGCAAAGGAUGGGAUAAUCGAAGACCCUUCGCUAUGUCGAUUCAAUCCAUGGACCUUGAAGUGCAACAGCGCCAACGCCAUAACCGAAGCAAAAUGUCUCAACGAAAACCAAGUACAGCAACUCGUCCGCAUAUUCAGUCCCUACACGUAUCCCUCUGGCGAACUCAUCUUUCCAGGCAUGCAACCCGGCAGCGAGCUGCAAGCACCUGACAGACUCUACACUGGCACACCUUUCACCUACUCAGAGGACUGGUUCAAAUAUGUGGUAUACAGCGACCCAAGCUGGAACGCAUCGACCUUUACUGUCGCCGAUGCACGCGCAGCAGAAGCCCUCAACCCAGCCAACAUCCGCACCUACCCAUCUUCACUGCCGGCCUUUGAAUCUCGCGGCGGCAAAUUACUCAUGUAUCACGGCCAACAAGACAGCCAGCUCACCAGCUUCAACACGAAUCGCUUCUACGAACAUCUACGCGACAGCAAUGGUAAAGGAGGCAAAAGAAGCUACGUCAGUAUGAACAAGUGGGUGCGCUUCUUCAGGAUCUCAGGCAUGUUUCACUGCUCUGGUGGACCAGGGGCAUGGGUGCUGGGCCAGGGGGGAAGGGCUUCGCAAGCCGGUAUCCCGUUUGACGCCCAGCAUAAUCUUCUUGCUGCUCUGGUGGCGUGGGUGGAGACGGGUGCUGCGCCCGAGCGUGUGGAGGGGACUAAGUUUGUGAAUGAUACGGUAGCUGCGGGCGUGGAAUUUAGGAGGAGGCACUGCAUGUAUCCAUUGAGAAAUGUAUUUGUUGGGGGUGAUUAUAGGGAGGCUGGGAGUUGGAUGUGUAAAUAA